AUUCCAGUCAGAAAAGGAAAGUUCUAUCCAUUUCAAGAGACACGUAUACAUAUUACUCACAGUAGGUCACCGCCUGUGAAAUUAUCAAUCCAACACGAGCCGUGGAAAAAUCGAAUAAAAUCCUAGGGUUUCUACGAUCCCUAAAUUUCCCAAUCAAAUCCUGUCUUUCUUGAUUGUUAAUAUUUCUUCCAAAAUAUGCCUCAAAGACACUCGAAGAACAACAACGAUUUAGCUUUCUUUACGUACGAUGAGAAGAAGAAGCUCGGGUAUGGUACCCAGAAAGAAAGACUCGGCAAGGACUCGAUAAAACCAUUCGAUGCUUGCAGUCUGUGCUUGAAGCCAUUUAUUGAUCCCUUGUCUUGCCAGAAAGGCCACGUCUUUUGCAAAGAAUGCAUUUUCGAAUGUCUUUUGGCCCAAAAGAAAGACAUUCAAAGAAAGAUAGCGGCCCAUGCUGGUCAGCAGAAGCAGGAAAAAGAAGAGGAAGAAGAGAAGUUGAUGUUGCAGAAAGCCCGAGAUCUCGAUGCAUUUGAUCAACAGAACCAUGGGGCAGUACCGCAGUACAAUGAUAAGAACUUCAACAGGGACAAAAAUGGUUUCCAUGGGGCUAACAGUGUGAAGGCCACAUCAUAUGAAGAGGAAGCACUCCGCACAAUGAAAGCAUUUUGGCUGCCGUCUGCAACUCCAGAAGCUCCUGCAAAAGUAGAGGUCCCAUUGACUGACACAAUCUGUCCAGAAGGAAAGGAAAAACUCAGAAUGAAGACGCUUUUCCCUAUCUACUUCACAGAAGAUGCCAGCGUACAAAAGAAAUCUAGUUCUCUUGAUAAGAGCUACAUCUGUCCCAGCUGCAAGGUCACACUUACAAACACGCUGUCACUUGUGGCCUUGAGUUCUUGUGGUCAUGUUUUUUGCAAGAAAUGCGCCGAGAAAUUCAUGGCUGUUGAUAAGGUCUGCCUAGUCUGCGACAAGCCAUGCAAAGAGAGGAAUCUGGUCAAGUUGGAAAAGGGAGGAACUGGUUUUGUAGCCCAUGGAGAUCAUCUUGAAGCAACUGACUUUAAGCAUUUAGGAAGUGGUUCAGGGCUGGGGCUUGUAAGACCUGCAAUGAAGACUUGAUUUUGCUGAGUGAUUCAUUUUCAGUUGCAUAUAUAUCACUCUUUAAAUUCCAUUGACAUCAAUGCUUCAUAUAAUCUGUAGCUGCAUCUAUGUUGUUUUAUUAUCUUAACUGUGAUGUAGUAGUGUUUGAAAUGCAUCUUUUGCUGGGCUUGAUUUACGUUUGAUGUGGCCAACUGAAAAGCAGCAAACACUUUACAUUUCUCAACUGCAUAAACUUCCCUCGUAAAUGUGCUGAGAACUCAUCCAUUUUGAGGCAUUGAAUGCUAGUAUUUAUAUUGAUUCAAACUAUGUAAAAUCUUUGUUGAGUAAUGCUUAUGUGACAGGUGAUGAUCAUCACUCUAAA